AUGUCUUUAUCUGCUUUUUUAUUUCAAAUUCUUUUGUUGCUUUCACAUCUUUAUCAUUACUCUCUCUCUCUCUCUCUCUCUCUCUUUCUCCUUCUCCAUAACUCUGGUUAUCUUUCUCUUGAUCUCUCUUUCUUUCUGUCUUUCUCUCUCUGUAUCCUUUACCCUGUCUCUCUUUCUCUGUCUCUCUGCCUCUCUUUAUUUCUCUCACUCUCUUUCUCUUUCUUGCCUUCUCUUUCUCUUUUCGUAUCCUUUAAUCUCUUUCUCUUUCUCUCUGUCUCUUUCUCCAAAACCCUUUCCUUCUAUCUCACUUUCUCUCCCUGUAUCCUUUACUCUAUCUCUCUGUUUUUGUUUCUCUUACUCUUUGAAUCUCUUGCUCUCUCUCUCUCUCUCAUUCUAUGUCUCUAUCUCACUUACUCUCUCUGUAUCCUUUAUUCUGUCUCUCUGUUUUUCUUUCUCUCUCACUCUCUUUCUCUUUCCCUGACACUCUUUCUCUCUGUAUCCUUUAUUCUGUCUCUGAUUCUCUUUUUUGUCUCUCUUCCUCUCUUUCUUUCUCUGCUUCUCUUUCUUUCUCUCUCUCUCUUUCUCUGUCUCUCUGUUUUUAUUUCACUUUCUCUCUCCCUCACUGUGUCUCUUUCCCUGACUCUUUCUCUCUCUCCUGUUCUGUCUCUCUUUCUUUCUUUGUAUCCUUUUCACUGUCUCUCUUUCAUUUCUCUCUCUGUCUUUCUCUUUGUCGAUCUCUCUCUCUCUCUCUCUCUCUCUGAUUGUCUUUUUCUAUAUAUAUAUAUAUAUAUAUAUAUAUAUAUUCUAUGUCUCUCUGCUUUUUUCCUGCUCUGUCUCUCUCUCUUUUUCUCUCUCUCUCUGUGUCUCUGCCUUUCUUUCUCUUUCUCUCUGUCUCUCUUUCUAUCUCUCUCUGUAUCCCUUUCUUUCUACUUCUCUUUCUCUAUCUCUGUUGCUUUCUCUAUCUUCCUGUAUACCUUACUCUGUCUUUUGGCUUCUCUCUUUUUCUCUGUAUUCUUUUUUCUCUCUCUGACUUUUGUUCUCGCUUUCUCUCUAUUUUCUUCUCUCUCUCUCCAUGUUCAUUUCUCCAUCUUAACGUUCUCUUUCUCUCUCUCUCUCUCUCUAUUCAUUUCUCUAUCUAUCUCUUUCCCUAUCUCUCCCUCUCUUCCUUUCUCUCUCUAUGUGUAUUUCAUUCUCUAUUUCUCUUUCUCUCUCUGUCUCUUUUUCUCCCUGUUUCUCUUCCUCUCUUUGUAUCUCUUUCUCUCUCCAUCUCUCUCACUUUCUCUGUAUUCCUCUCUCUCUCUCUUUUUGCUCUAA